ACCAAGUUGACUUAUACAUACACACACACACUCUUUCUCAAUUUCUUCAAUCAAACUUCUCCACAACAACCAUGCUUCCCUCGUUCGUCAGCUUCGCCGCCCUCUACAGCAGCUACCUCCGCCGCUGCUUCACCGGAGCCGGCCUCACCUCCCAAUCCAUCCCCAUCGACGACGAAACCACCGUCCACUAUUGGUCGCCCAAAAUCGAAAACCCCCAAAAGCCCUCCCUCCUCCUGAUCCACGGAUUCGGCCCCAUGGCGAUCUGGCAAUGGCGCCAACAGGUCCAAUUCCUCGCUCCUCACUUCAAUAUCUACGUCCCUGACCUCGUCUUCUUCGGCGGAUCCACCACCACCUCCGCCGAGAGGAGCGAGCGGUUUCAGGCCGCCACGGUGGGGAAGCUGGUUGAAAAGCUAGGGUUGAAGAGGUUUCAUGUGGUGGGGACUAGCUAUGGUGGAUUCGUGGCGUACCAUUUGGCGGAGAUGUUGGGGGAGAGGGUGGAGAAGGUGGUGAUUGCGAGUUCUGGGGUGAACAUGAAGAAGAGUGAUAACGCGGCGUUGUUGCAGAGGGCGGAGUUGGAGAAGAUUGAGGAUCUCAUGUUGCCGGUGACGCCGCAACAGUUAAGGAAAUUGAUGACCCUGGCGGUUUCUAAGCGUGUUCAGUUUGUGCCUGAUUUUUUCUUGAAGGACUACUUGAAUAAAUUAUACAAGGAGAAUAGGAAGGAAAAGAUGGAGCUUCUAAAAGCCAUAUCACUUGGAAGGGAAGAUACUUCAAACCUUUCAUCUCUUCAACAGGAGGUUCUCAUAGUCUGGGGGGAAAAUGAUCGGAUAUUUCCCGUGCAGAUGGCCCAUGAAUUGAAAGAGGCAAUCAGCCAGAAGGCAAGACUGGAAUUGAUUAAGGACGCAUCCCAUGUGCCUCAACUUGAAAAGCCAGUAGAAUUCAACAAUAUAAUCCUCAAUUUCUUAAAUGCGUCUUCUUAAAUAUUUGUCUUCGUGUAUACUUUAAGAGCAUAUUUCGUCUAUAUAAUUAUUAUUAUUAUUCGGUCAUUUCAAUAAUAAUAAUAAAAUUUAAUUGUUUGGUUCA